AUGGCCUUCCUCUGGCUCCUCUCCUGCUGGGCCCUCUUGGGCACUGCUCUCAGCUGCGGGGUCCCUGCCAUUACCCCCGUGGUGAGCGGCCUGUCCAGGAUCGUCAAUGGGGAGGAAGCUGUCCCUGGCUCCUGGCCCUGGCAGGUGUCCCUGCAGGACAAGACCGGCUUCCACUUCUGCGGGGGCUCCCUCAUCAGUGAACGCUGGGUGGUCACCGCUGCCCACUGCGGGGUCACGACAUCGGACCGCGUUGUGGCUGGGGUUUUUGACAAGAGCGCUACUAACGACAAGGAUGCCCAGGUCCUGAAGAUCUCUCAGGUUUUCAAGAACCCCAGUUACAACAGUGUUUCCAUCAACAACGACAUCACCCUGGUGAAGCUGUCCACGUCCGCAACCUUCAACGAAAAAGUGUCCGCUGUGUGCCUGCCCAGCGCCAGUGAUGACUUCCCCGCUGGGAAGCUGUGUGUCACCACAGGCUGGGGCUUGACCAACCCCAAAAACAGCAACACUCCUGACAGGCUGCAGCAGGCGGCCCUUCCCAUCGUGUCCAGCACCCAGUGCAAGAAGUCCUGGGGCUCGUCUGUUACCAGCAAGAUGAUCUGCGCCGGGGCCAACGGCGUCUCCUCCUGCAGUGGCGACUCUGGCGGCCCCCUUGUCUGCCAGAAGGAUGGAGCCUGGAACCUGGUGGGCAUCGUGUCCUGGGGCAGCAGCUCCUGCUCCACCUCCACCCCAGCUGUCUACGCCCGCGUCACCGAGCUCGUGUCCUGGGUGCAGCAGAUCCUGGCAGCCAACUGA